ACCACUUGUUUUCAAAGACUUUUUUUUAUCUGUUUUCUUUCAUUUCUAUUGAAAACUUUGUGUUUGAAUCUACUCUCUCUUUUGUUUUUCAGGUUUAUCUAAAUUCUGAAAACCAUUUUCUGCUUUUCAUAUAUCUUACAUGGAUUCUCUUCAGAAUUUCGAAACCUCAAAUUUCCCCGCAAGUCUUUCCAUGUCCACCAUCAACAACGCCGAUACCAACAACACAAACCCCUCGCCGGCGGCGGCCGCCAUCGUCUCCUUCUCAUCCUCUCCCUCUUCUUCGUCCACUUCUCCUUCCACCCUCAGCCGCUACGAGAACCAAAAACGCCGUGACUGGGACACUUUCGGGCAAUAUCUCCGUAACCACCGCCCUCCUCUCUCCCUCUCACGCUGCAGCGGCGCCCACGUUCUGGAAUUCCUCCGCUACCUUGACCAGUUCGGGAAAACCAAAAUCCACACUCCACUCUGCCCUUUCUUUGGUCACCCUAACCCUCCAGCUCCAUGCCCUUGCCCCCUCCGCCAAGCUUGGGGAAGCCUCGAUGCUCUCAUCGGACGCCUCAGAGCCGCCUUUGAGGAACACGGCGGCAGGCCUGAAGCAAACCCUUUUGGAGCUAGAGCUGUUAGGCUCUACCUACAUGAGGUUCGUGAUUCGCAGUCCAAAGCAAGAGGCAUAAGUUACGAGAAGAAGAAAAGAAAGCGACCACCGCAAGUGCCUCAGCCACCUCCCUCUUCCACCUCUUAAAUGGAAAUCAAAACCAGUAAGUUCAAAAUAAGUACGAAAACUGAAAACAGAUGUGAUCAGAUCAUCAUCCAGCUGCAUGGGGUUUUUUCUUCUUCCAAUAUUAUUCUAUCUUAAUUACUUUAAUAUGCAAUAUGGGAUCUUAUUGUCUUAAAAACUAUUGCUCUCUCCAUUAAUGGAUAUUACCCUACAAA